AUGCUUACGCGAAUCCGCAACGCCAUCCAGGCGCGGCAUGAUUCCGUGAUGAUGCCCCACUCCAAGAUGAAGCUGGCCGUAGCCAGGAUUUUGAAGGAGGAGGGAUUCAUCCGCGAUUUCGACACGCCGCGCAUUCAUCUGCAGUAUCGGGAGGGGCGCCAAUCCGCAAUCGCCGGGCUCAAACGGAUUAGCAAACCCGGUCUCCGGGUGUACGUGGGCAAAGGCGAGAUCCCCAGAGUCUACGGGGGUCUGGGGCUGGCGAUCGUUUCCACUUCACGUGGAGUUAUGGCUGGACGUCAAGCGUGGCGCGAUGGAAUCGGAGGAGAGUUGCUCUGUUAUGUCUGGUGA